GCGAAGGCGGAAGGGAGGGGGGGUAUUUAAACUAGUCACAAAGAAAUGUCUUGCCAAACGUCUGCGCCGUGCGUCCUGACAAAGUACCCACGCCAAGAUGGGUAGGCCCACUCACAUAACGCAAAGGAUUCAACUUUGGAUAGGUUAUUUCGUUUUAUUUGCAGUUACUGAUGUUUUGGGUUCCAACAUCUGUACAUCCCGAGGGGCCAGCACAUGUAAGCAGUGUCUGGCUGUACAUCCUACCUGUGCGUGGUGUUCCCAAGAGGACUUUGGGCAGGGUGUGGCAGGCUCGUCUCGUUGUGACCUGAAGCGUAACCUAUUGGUGGCGGGCUGUGCUCCUCCGACCGCCCUUGAGUUCCCCACCAGCAAGCUGCAGGUGAAGGAGGACCGGCCCCUCAGCAACAAGGCAGCCGGAGACACAGCCGACGCCACGCAGAUCCAACCUCAGAGACUCCACAUCACCCUCAGACCAGAUGACUCCAAGCGGUUCACAGUGAAGGUGCGCCAGGUGGAGGACUACCCGGUGGACCUGUAUUACCUCAUGGACCUGUCCUUCUCCAUGAACGAUGACCUGUUCCGCCUCCGCACCCUGGGGAAAGGCCUGGCCAAGGAAAUGGGACGCACCACCAGCAACCUGCGUAUGGGCUUCGGAGCCUUCGUGGACAAGCCACUGUCACCUUACAUGUACAUCUCCCCCAAGGAGGCCCUGCUCAACCCCUGUCACGGGAUCAACACCACCUGCCUGCCCCAGUUUGGCUACAAGCAUGUGCUGUCUCUGACUGAGGAGGUGGGCCGCUUCACUGAGGAGGUGAAGAAACAAAUUGUGUCCAGGAACAGAGAUGCCCCCGAGGGAGGCUUCGACGCCAUUAUACAGGCUGCCGUGUGUAAUGAGAAGAUCGGUUGGCGUCAGGGUGCCUCUCACCUCCUGAUCUUCACCACCGAUGCCAAGACCCACGUGGCGCUUGAUGGGCGCCUGGCGGGUAUCGUGCAGCCCAAUGACGGGAAGUGCCACCUCAACUCAGAGAACAUGUACAGCAUGUCUACUAUCAUGGACUACCCGUCACUGGCUCUGAUCACAGAGAAGAUGUCAGAGAACAACAUCAACCUCAUCUUUGCCGUCACCAGUCCUGUGGUGCCCCUCUACCAGAACUACAGUGAGCUGAUUCCUGGGACCACUGUGGGCACCCUGUCCAAUGACUCAGGCAAUGUCAUCCAGCUCAUAUUAAAUGCCUAUGCGAAAAUCCGCUCAGUGAUUGACAUGGAGACACAGGGGGUUCCUGAGGAGCUGUCUCUCUCCUUCAACGCCACCUGUCUCAAUGGAGAGGUCAUCCCUGGCAUAAAAUCCUGCUCUGGACUCAAAAUAGGAGACACGGUCUCCUUCAGCGUGGAGGCGCGGGCGCGUGGCUGCCCCAAGGACAAGCGCAAGACGUUCGUCAUCAAGCCUGUGGGCUUCAAGGACUCUCUGACCGUCACUGUCACCUUCGAGUGCGAGUGCAAGUGCCAGGCCCGCGCCGAGCCACUCAGCCCUGUCUGUAACAAUGGCAACGGCACCUACGAGUGUGGCAUCUGCCUGUGUCACCCGGGGCGACUGGGGCCGCGGUGCGAGUGUGCCGAGGGUGACUACAGCACCACGGAACAGGACCGGUGUAGUGUCCCCUCCACCGUGGGCAUUGGGGGUGCAGGGGGUCCUGGGGCAGCAGUGUGCACUGGGAGGGGCGACUGCGUGUGCGGGCAAUGCGUGUGCCACAGCAGCGACUUUGGCAAGGUGUGGGGCAAGUUGUGCGAGUGCGAUGACUUCAACUGCCUGCGCUACAAGGGCGAGCUGUGCUCAGGCCACGGCACCUGUGACUGUGGGUUCUGCCAGUGUGACUCGGACUGGCAGGGGGAGAACUGUAACUGCUCCCGCCGUACUGACACCUGUAUGUCCAGCCUUGGCCUGCUGUGUAGUGGCCGGGGCCAGUGUGUGUGCGGGGCCUGCGAGUGCACCCAGCCGGGGGCCUAUGGGGCCACCUGCGACAAGUGCCCCACCUGCCCCGAUGCCUGCACCAUGAAGAAAGAGUGUGUGGAAUGUAAGCAUUUCAAGCGAGGGAAGCUGUUUGAUGACAACACCUGCACCCGCAUCUGCAGAGACGAGAUUCAGCUGGUGGACGACCUUGAGUUCCAUGAUAAAAAUGCUGUGAACUGCACCUAUAAGGAUGAGGAUGACUGUGUGGAGCGCUUCCAGUAUUAUGAGGACGCCAGUGGCAAGUCCAUCCUAUUUGUGGUCAAAGAGCCCGACUGCCCUAAGGGUCCAGACAUCCUGGUGGUGCUGCUGUCCGUAGCCGGGGCCAUCUUGGUUCUGGGUCUGGCCGGCCUGCUCAUCUGGAAGCUGCUGGUCACCAUUCAUGACCGCCGCGAGUUCGCCAAGUUUGAGGAGGAGCGUGCUCGCGCCAAGUGGGAUACGGUCCAUAACCCCCUGUACAAAGGAGCCACCUCAACCUUCACAAACAUCACAUACAGAGGCAACAAGGAGUGAUGGCAACCAGGAUCACCGAAAUGACUGCAUCAUUUGAAGGAUCACUGAAAUGACUGCAUCAUUUGAAGGAUCAUUACAAUAACUGCAUCCCAUUGGAUUCUUUCAAUUUCCUCUGGAAUGUUACGAUUUCAUGUGCUGGCUCUACUGUCACAAGACGAAGAUGUAAUAUUUGUGUAGUGGUUUGUUGUACAUAUGUAUUUAAACGAUACCAAAUGUGUUUUUCGGAGGCAUUUCAACAUUAACUACCAACAAGUUCAUUCAAAAUCCAUAAAUAUAACUUAGGCUGUCCAUUAAUGAAAGUAGAGUCGGCUACAUUGAGAGAUAAAUGUACGACAGUAGACGUGACUCGAGUUAGGCACAUUACUUUCUUUGGUGACAGAGGAGAAGCGAAGGACAAAUAGAGGAGGACGGCCACCCCUCAGAGUCUGGUUCCUCUCUUGGUUUCUUCCUAGGUUCCUGCCUUUCUAGGGAGUUUUUCCUAGCCACUGUGCUUCUACAUCUGCGUUGCUUGCCAUUUGGGGUUUUAGGCUGGGUUUCUGUACAGCACUUUGUGACAUCGGCUGAUGUAAAAAGGGCUUUAUAAAUACAUUUGAUUGAUUGACUGAUAAUGAUACUCAUAGCAUACGCAUGACAUCACUUACUCAUCAGCGUGUUGUAAUUUCCUGUUUGUAAGAGUCUGGCAUGAUAAGCACAUUGUCCAAAUAACAUUUCUGAGACAUGUGGUUUAGCGAUCUGUCACUUUGCUAAAACAAAAAAAUGCCUUUGGGUUCUCCCACGUUCUCAUUUCACAGAUAAACAGUUUCCUUCAGCUGUUGGCAUUGACUUGCAACAUAUCUCUCAGAAAUGCAAAAAAAUGAUGCUUAAAUGUUUUUACGCCAGCCGUGUUGUAUAUUAUGAUUCUAUGUACCGCACAUUGCCCCAUAUCCAUAGCGUAUUAGAGUAAGAGUGCUGCUCUAGGAUCAGAUCAUAAUGAGUAAGAUUACAUGGAUAUGGGGAACCUGAUCCUAGAUCAGGACUCCAACUCUGAAAUGACCUAUUGGUAAAGAGGUGUGGAGUCUUUGUUUGUAUGUGAAACCAGCAUUCCCUUCUUACAUUCCCAGUUAUUGUCAAUAUAAUGUUCAGGUAUACCAUUCUUCAGACACAACACCACAAAUCAUCUCUCAAUCACAUGAAUACAUUCACUCCUUUAGUGGAAGCAUCAUAGUCGGUGUCUUGUAUUCAUAAAUGUGACGUGUUAUUAAGAUAUUUGCUCACUGUAUAUAUUGUUGCACUUGUUUCCUUUAAAUCAACUGCCCUUUGUGGAUUAUGGGCCAGUUAAGCUGUCAAUCAUUUGUAAGACUUAACUUUAACUCGACCUCCAGCCAAGAUGUCACUGAUGACAGGUUUCACGGACUCCGGACACCGUUUUUAUUUGCUCAAAACAGCCCCAUUACCAGAAAAGUAAGGAAGCACAGAGUACGCUCUUACUCUUACUAUGAUGACAUCAUUCCAUAUCAAAUUCACAGGGUCUGCAUUGUAAAAAAAACAGUUUGUAAUUCUUUUACAUUGUUUUUCAUAUCCACUUUUGCAAGGGACACAUUUAAAUAAAUACAUAAAUAAUGGGUUUAAAUGGA